UCCUAGCGGAGCCACCAUUGCUGCUGCAUAGCGCGCGCGCGCACGACCACCGUGGGCCUCUUAAAAGCAGCGGAGGAGCUCGGGCUGCAUACCGACGAGCAUCCAUGUGUUCUCCAUCGUGACAUCUUUCCCCUGAGAAAGGCGGAGGAGGAGGCAUCCAUGCGCCCUCCCAGUACGCACCAGGAGACUUUGGAUCAGAACCGGCUCGACCCAGGUUCGGCCGGAGCAGCAUCGAGGAGAAACAACGCUCCCGCCAGCGACUCGUCGCGCGCCUCUCGCCCGCCGCAUGUCGAGUGAUGGUCGGCUCGGCUGUCCGGACGCCCCCCGCGUGGUGAGCGCAGACCCCCACUCCAGGCGGAAAGAAGCCUCGGUCCGGCUCUAGGAGAGCUCCAUAUGGAAACGGAGGACCAGAAUUUUCGGAAAAAGGCAAAUCGUUUGAUUGAGAUGAUCGCGAUUAUUUUUUCCUUUGCAAUGAAUGCGUUUUGGCUUUGAGUGGGCUGUUUUGGAACGUUGAAAAUCCCACGUUUCUUCCUUUUUGCUUUGAUUGCGAGAAGGUGCAGCAUUUGAAUGGUGAUUUAUUGACGUGUGUGUAAGCAUAGGAACAGGUUGGCCGCACAAAGUGCUUCUUCCUUUUUUUAUUUGAAAAGACAGAAAGACCAGAGCGAGGAUUUCCAUCUUUUUCUGUUGGCUGGUCCUCAUCCAAACGCAACCAUAAGGCUCCUGGCUCCUCCACGCCGUCCUCUUCCUCCUCCUCGCCCCUCGUCCCUGUCCUCCUCCUUUUCCGCCUGGCUGAGGUCCCGCACUCCGUCAAAUAUUUACUUCCUGUACAUCAAGCGGAAAGGGGGUCCCCCUUUCAUGGAAUGCGGAAACAUGGGCCUGUUCGAGCGCGGAGUGCAGAUGCUGCUGACCACGGUGGGCGCCUUCGCGGCCUUCAGCCUCAUGACCAUCGCGGUGGGCACCGACUACUGGCUCUACUCGCGAGGGGUCUGCAGGAGCAAAAGCGCCAACGACAACGAGACCAGCAAGAAGAACGAAGAGGUCAUGACGCACUCGGGACUCUGGAGGACCUGCUGUCUGGAAGGAAACUUCAAGGGUAUGUGCAAACAGAUCGAUCACUUCCCCGAGGAGACGGAUUACCAAGCCGACCCGUCCGAGUACUUCCUGCGCGCGGUGCGAGCUUCCAGCAUCUUCCCCAUCCUCAGUGUCAUCCUGCUCUUCAUGGGAGGUCUGUGCAUCGCCGCCAGUGAGUUCUACAGGUCCAGACACAACAUCAUCCUCAGCGCCGGGAUCUUCUUCGUGUCUGCCGGCUUGAGCAACAUCAUUGGUAUCAUCGUAUACAUAUCAGCCAACGCGGGCGACCCGUCCAAGAGCGACUCCAAGAAGAACUCAUACUCGUACGGCUGGUCCUUCUACUUCGGGGCGCUGUCCUUCAUCAUGGCCGAGAUGGUUGGCGUCCUGGCCGUGCAUAUGUUCAUUGACCGGCACCGGCAGCUCCGGAUCGGGACCCGUGCCGCCGACUACCUCCGGGGCUCAUCGUCAGUGCGGACGCCCAGCUACCGUUACCGCUACAGGCGCCGUUCGCGUUCCUCGUCCCGCUCCACGGACCCGUCGCGGUCACGAGACGCCUCCCCGCUGGGCCUCAAGGCCUUUGGGACGCUGCCCUCCACUGAGAUCUCCAUGUACACGUUGCCGCGCGACACCCUCAAGUCAGGGGCGCCCGCCAACGCAGCCAACUACAAUUCGGAGAGGGACCACAACUUCCUGCAGGUGCAUAACUGCAUCCCGAAGGACGCCAAAGACUCGGCCCACGCCAACGCGGCCGCCAACCGACGCACUACCCCCGUAUGAGGGGACGCCGCCCGCCCCCGCGCCCUUUUCUGCAUGACUCUCAGGAGCGGUCGGAGCCCUCCGGACCCACGCUUCCUUCAUUUUUGGACUUUUGCAUUCAAACUGUGAAUUGUUACAGCUCGGCCUGUGACCUCUAGUAAAGCUACUAUAAAUAUAAAUCUAUAUAUUACUUUUAUAACAAUUCAUAAUAAGGAUAAUCAAGAGAUACCGAUUACUUUACUGAAGCAAAAAAAAAAAAAAAGACUACCAGUUUAAAAAAGUGCUGUCGGUGACUCUUUUAGAAGCUUAGAAUAAUAAAAUAUUAUGUUUUUGGGAUAGAGCUACAACAAAAAUGAGCCAGAAAAUCCAAAACCAAGUGCAUGCUAUUAAACUGCAGCGAACUUAUGUUUUAGGGCUCUAUUUUCAUGGACAUGAAGGCCAAAAAUAUAUUUUAAUCAUUAUUGGUUAACAGCAGCUCAUUUAAUGAGGUGCCAAUUAUUUUGUCUGUCCGGCCAAGCUUCACACGACAUUCAAAGGGAAUGAGAGGAGACACUCUGAUUGUCAGCAAAUGGAGUCAGCCGUGAUUAGCGCCAGGCAGGAAAAUAGAGCCCUCGACCAAAAAGAAAAGUAUUUAUAAUUUCAUGUGUAUUUUUUCAUUUUAUUUUGACUUUUGUUUGUUUGCUUUUGUGAGCCAAACCAAACAAAAUACAUUUUUUAAACAAUAGUUUAAAGAUAAACAGUAUAUAAUGUCAUUUGUUUGGAAAAGCUCACACAGCCUUAGCCAUUUUUGUGUGUGUUUCUAAUGGGAACUCUUGAAAAAGGUGCCAAAAGCCAAUCCUUCUACUUGGAUGCAUCAACAAGUCCUGAUGAAUAAAUACCAACCCCAGUGGGAACAAGCAACAGUGUCUGUGCGUCUCUUAAAGGAAAUUUGCU